AUGCCUGCUAUACCACCCAACUGGAAGGGAAGUUGCAACUUCACCAACUUUAUUUGUAACAAUAAGAUCAUAGGCGGUGCGACAUUUGGAAAUGGCAGAAAAUGGAAUGAUAUUCCACCAGUGGACACAAACGGACAUGGAAGCCAUGUGGCAAGCAUAGCCGCAGGGAACUUUGUGAAAGAUGCCAUGGUUAUUGGCAAGUUCAAGUACACGGCCUCAGGGAUGGCUCCUAGAGCUCACUUGGCCAUCUAUAAGACAUUCUUGUUCCGUUCUGAUAACUUGAAAAGCUAUCAACAAGCAAUAAUUGAUGGAGUGAAUAUCAUCAAUUAUUCUAUAGAUGAUGAUCCAGCCGCUAACUUCUAUAAUGAUGUUGCUGCUUUCUCUGGCUAUAAGGCAACGAAGAAGGGAAUUUCUGUCUCUGUUGCUGCAGGUAACAAAGGAGCCCCAAAAUCGCUAGAUCAUUCUGUACCUUGGCUCACAGUUGUCGGUGCAAGCUCGACAGAUAGAAGGCUUGUAGCGGUAGUGAAGCUGGGCAAUGGAGAUGACUUUAUUGGAGAAACUGGAUUUUAUCAAACAACUCAAUUCGACUCAUCCAUCUUCCUUCCAAUUGUAUACCCUGGAGUCAACAAUAAAAAAGAAACUUUAGGUUGCUGGAGAGGUUCCUUGAAUGAAAUUGAUGUGAAGAAUAAGAUAGUGCUAUGCAGGGCUAGUAAUAAAAAUGUUAACAAGGGACGUGUUGUCCUCUCUGCCGGUGGGGCUGCUAUGAUUCUCUUGGGACCAAUAAACAACAUUCCAAAUGAUUUACAUGUUCUUCCAGUAUCUCAUGUCAACUUUGAUGACGCCAAGAAAAUCUUGGAGUACUAUAACUCGCAUAGAGGGUCACCUCCUAAUGCCACCAUCAUAUUCAAAGGAGAGCUACCCAGCCGCCGGCAAGCUCCUGCCAUCCGUUCCCUCUCGUCAAGUGGUCCUAGUCUAACUAAUGGUGGCAUUUUGAAGCCGGAUGUAAUUGCCCCAGGCUCUAAGAUCCUUGGAGCAUCUAUUUACAAAGACAGCCCUUUCAAUAACUAUUUCAAGUAUGCAAGCAUAACAAAUUUAUAUUGGUUUCAUCUCUUUCUUGCCAUUACUAAUUACUAUAUAAAUAUCAGGUUCAAGAGCGGUACAUCCAUGGCAUCACCUCAUGUAGCAGGACUCAUGGCUUUGCUCAAGAAGAAAUACCCAAAAUGGUCUCCGGCAGCCAUCCAAUCGGCAAUAAUAACAUCUGCAGAUGAUGUUGAUCUGGCUGGAAAACCAUUCAUUCACAUGAAAAAUGGGAAACCGUGCAACAUCUUUGAUCGGGGAGCUGGACAUAUCAAUCCCAUUAAAGUAAUGGAUCCAGGCCUUAUCUACGACCGUGACUUCAAUAAUUACAUUGGCUACAUGUGUUUUCUUGAUUAUAGUCCCAUUUAUAUGCAACGUUUCAAUGGAAGAAAAGUGGAUUGUGCCAAAGAGAAGAAAAUCAAACCAUCCCAACUGAACUACCCUUCGAUCAUGGUAACUUUGAGUUCCAUGUCUCCAAAGGAGACUGUUAUGAGGGCAGUGACCAAUGUAGGAAAUGCCAACUCAGUUUACACACCGAGAAUCUUUCAUCCCGCCAAUACAAGCUUGAUCCUUUCUACAAAUAUACUCCAAUUCUCUGCUCAAAACCAACAAUUAAGUUUCAAUGUCACGAUAACCAUAAUUCCACCAACUCCUAUUAAGGACACUAUAUCUGAAGGAAAACUAGAGUGGGUAUCAAAGUCAAGUAGCCAUGUUGUGCGAAGCCCUGUUGCUAUUGUCUUUGGCUAA